AUGUUUUUUUUAUCAUUUAGAAGUUUCAAGAUUAAACGAAAAAAACCAACAAGAAGGUUUUUGUUCAAGACAAAGAGACCCACAACCACUUGGUCAUUAUCUUUCAAGAGAAAUACAAGUGAAGACAAAAUAACAAAUAAGAAAUCGAAAACAAUACAAAAGUUGAGUCAAUUAUUUUGUGCCAAGUGCUCCUUUCCACUUUCUUUGACCGAAGAAAAUGUUUCAUAA